GAUAACAAGGAGAAAGGAGCAGUCGGGAGCGAACAUAUGGAGGCCUCUAUGGUCAAAAAUAUGGAUACACGUGGAAAAAAAGUUGAUUUGACACAGUGCUUUGUGAGCGAUCAGGUUUUUGACUCACGUGAUGCCCUUAUCGAGUGGUGUCAGGAGGUUGGAAGAAAAAAUAUGUCUGUGGUUGUGAUAUCCAAGUCAAGAAAACCCGUUCAAGGAAGGGUUGCAAGGUUGGAAUUAGGGUGUGAAAGAGGUGGUGUGUACCGAAACCAUAAGAAGAAAACAGAUACACCAACACUGAAAGACCUUACAAAAAAGAGAGAAUCAGGGACGAGAAAAUGUGGAUGUCCCUUUACACUAAAAGGAGUGUGGAUGGCAGGUGAUAAAUGGAAGGUUAGGGUGCAUUGUGGAGCACACAAUCAUGAGCUACCAGAGAAGCUUGUUGGCCACUCCUAUGUAGCUAGGUUAAAGAAGAAGGAAAAGCAAAUAUUAGUUGAUCUGACAAAAAGUGGUGCUCGACCUCGACAAGUGCUUAGCACACUCAAACAGAGAAGCAAAAAGAACAUGUCAAUGAGGGAAAUUUACAAUGCAAGGGCAACAUUAAAACUUAUGGAGAUUGAAGGUAAGUCAGCAAUGCAACAAAUACUUGGAUUGCUGUCGAAACACCAUUAUGCGGAAUGGCAUAGAAGAGAUAAAGAGACAGAUGUGCUGAAAGAUAUCUUUUGGGCCCAUCCAGAAUCUUUACAACUGGCCUUGGGUUCCCAUUCGGUCCUCAUGGUUGAUUGCACUUACAAGACCAACCGAUUUGGUUCACUUUUGCUUCGGAUUGUUGGUGUUACUUCUACAGGAAAAUCGUUCACUGUCGCAUUUAUUUUCAUGGAGGCGGAGACAGAAGAUCACUAUACUUGGGCUUUGACUCGUUUAAAGAGACUAUUUUCGCCAAAUACAUUACCAUCUAUAUUCGUAACAGAUGGAGAGAUCGUGUUAGUGAAUGCAAUAAGCACAGUCUUUCCACAAGCAGAGUGGCUGCUUUGCUCAUCGCACGUUUUAAAGAAUGUUUCAAAGAAUUGCAAGCAAUUCUUUGAAUCCGAUGACGAAUUUGAAAUAGUUAUGAAAGAGUGGACAAAUUUAACACAAGUAAGGACCAAAGACGAGUACGCCGAGGCUUUUUGUGACUUUGUAUUGACAUGGACAAGCUACCCUGGAUGCAUCCAGUAUUUACGUGAUACUUGGCUACGACAUAAAGAGCGUUUUUUUCUGGCAUGGACAAAGUUCAUAAAGCAUUUUGGAAACACGGCAAUAAAUAGAGUUGGCAGUUAUCAUGCUAAAUUGAAGAGUCAGCUAGGGUCGUCAGCAAGUACCUUCUCGACUUGUUGGACGACAAUGCACCAGAUGAUAUGCAAUGAGCUAAUGGACAUUAAAGCCUCAUUCGAGAAGAGCCUGAUCUCCGUUCCACAUGAAUAUCUGCUUCCUGCUUUUAAGGAAUUGGGGGGUUAUGUUUCUCACAGGGCAAUGGAACUUUUACUGUGGGAGCAUAAUCGAUCUGAAGAAGUUGGCCUUGACGUAGGAGUUUGUGGGUGUGUUCUUCCCCUCUCUUAUGGGCUCCCUUGUGCCCACGAGAUAGUACAGUAUUGUCGUAAUAGUACUGGGAUACCUCUUUCUGAGAUCGAUCCACAGUGGAAACUACUUUCAGCGAUACCAGUGCCAGAAGAGCAUAGUGAGUUCGAUUACCUGCCACAGCUGAUAUUAGUGAGGGAGAGGUGGGAAAAAGCAUCCAAAUCUGAGCGUGAAUUGAUGCAGAAGAAGUUAUCGGAAAUUGGGUGCUUCUAGAGUCAUCUGUUGGUGUCAAAUUUUGAAUGAGCUGGUGAGCUCUUUCUUUCAGUGUACUCUUCCUCUCUAUAUUUUGUGAUAUAGUUUCCUUCUAUGUUGUUGAGCCUUCCAGUUCAUUUAAACUGUUGAGACUUCCGGUUCAUUUA